AUGAGUUCUGUUGGAGGGUUUCAGUUUGGUUCUUCUGUACCAUCUAGUUUUACCCCAGUACCUACAAGCUCUGUUGGAGGAUUUCAAUUUGGUUCAUCUGUACCAUCCAGUUUUACACCAGCAACUGUGAGUUCUGUUGGAGGGUUUCAGUUUGGCUCUUCUGCACCACCUAGUUUUACCCCAGCAACUACUGGUUCUGUUGGAGGGUUUCAAUUUAAUUUCGGAAGUUGCUCAACAGCCCCUUCUAUGCAGUCAUCCUUGGAAAAGAAUCCACCAGGAGGGUUUAAAUUUUCUUUAGGUUCAUCAGCAGCCAGUUCAUCUAAUAAGGAAAAAGGAUUUUCCUUUACAUUUGGGUCCAGCUCAGCAUCUGGUAUUGGGUCUAGUGAAAGUGGAAAACCAGAUACUACAACAUCACAGCAUGUUGCAACAGGUCUUAAUAAUCCUCCAUCUGUAUUUAGUCCCCUCAUCACCAAUUCCAUUGAAAAUCAAAAACCUAGUCUUUUUUCCAGCCCACAGAUAUUUAAAGAAUCUGCAGGUACACCUCACAGUUCUACACAACAGGUUAAGUUUGGUCAGAACAACCAACCCCCAGUUCAAGGUAUUUUUAGCAAUCUAUCAACAGGAGGAGGAUUCAGUGCUGGGCAGAGUACUUUGUUUCAGAACUCCAGUGGAGUAUUUGGAUCUGGCUCAUCUGGACAGAAUACAGCUUUUGGUGGAGCUGAUCAGAAUCAGAACUCUUUUGGAUCAAGUAAUAACAAGCUCCAUGCUAAUUUUGACUUUGCUCCAAGUCCUAAUCAGUCACUUUCCUUUGGACACUCAAAUCUUCAGCAGUCAACACCUGGUUCUUUCCAAUUUGGAACUGGAAGUGGGAACGCUUUCCAAUCACCAGGCGGAUUUAACUUUUCUUCUGCAUCACAAGGAGCGAAUUUUAACUUUUCUGCAAAACCCAACAUUAAUUUUGGAGGAGCUACACCUCUCUCCUCAUUUGGAAACCCAGCACCUAGUUCAAGACCCGGGACACCCCAGGGUGGGACUCUCUUCUCUGUUGGAGCCAACUCUAAGCCUGAAAGGAGGACAGCUCGAAGACGACCACAAAGAAAGUGA